AUGGAAGAGCAGGAAACUGGCGAUGAUCUGGUAACAGCUCGUCCUAGGCGGAUGAGCGAGUUACCGCAAACAACGCCUCACAAGCCAAUACCAAAGGCAUCAUCGCUUUUCAUCCUUAGCCACACGAAUCCAUUCAGGGUGUUUUGUAACAAAAUAGUCAAUCACUCGUACUUUACAAACAGCGUUCUGGUAUGUAUCCUUGUCUCAUCCGCUAUGUUAGCUGCAGAAGAUCCUCUUGAGGCGAACUCUAGUAGAAAUACGGUUCUCAACUACUUUGACUACUUCUUCACCACUGUGUUCACUAUAGAGAUCACUUUGAAGGUCGUCGUUUUUGGACUAGUAUUUCAUAAAGGCUCAUUCUGUCGGAAUGCCUUCAAUCUGCUUGACAUCCUCGUCGUCGCCGUCUCUCUGGUUUCUUUUGUGCUGAAAUCAGACGCCAUAUCCGUCGUCAAAAUUCUUCGGUAAUG